AAGCGAACGUGCUCCGCUCUGAUGCAAUUUACAAUGGCGGUGGUGGCGCUGAUUGUACUUCAAUUUUCCUUCUCGGAAUUUUUCAUGAACAACCUCUGGCUGAUGCUGUUGGGACUGUAUAUUCUCAGUAUAAUCGUUGAAGUCGUCCUGAACACACUCGUGGCUGAGAGACUACUGUUAGUACCUGCUGUUAACGUGCUAAGACUGUCGUCUUCGCUUGCAGUGUUGGCCAGCAAGGAUUUCUUCACUUUUAUAUUAACCCAGUUCGUUGUCCUGGCCGUCCAGACUGUUGAUCGUAUGUACAUAUCACCAAACAAGGGACGCUUACUGAACCAACUAUAUAUUCUCAUCACUUCCGUUGUCGAGGCGAUUAUGUGGUUGUUGAAAGGCGGUGAUAGGGGCGAUAUUCAGGCGAGGCUGCGGCCUAAAGAUACGACCUCGUUAGUCACCGAGGAGUUCCUUAUUGAUGCUUUGGGAAAGCCCAUGGAGAUGGAGGAAAACGGCAAUCGUGAAGUGACCGAUGAGAAAAAGUCCGUGGAGGAGACUGUUGAAGAAUAUGAUACGCGUGUGGAAGAUAUGAUAGGAUUUUUAGCAGGGUACUCUUCUGACCUGGUGGACACUUUCUUAUCACCUGUCUCCAUUUUCCUCUGUUACUCUCUUUACGACGAGAGUCAAGUCCUGGGAAAUUAUAAUAUAGCAUCAGAGCAAACGUCGUAUUAUAUUGGCUUUACGUUGAUACUCACAGUCACUCGUCUGGUCUCUGACAUUCUAUGUUUGAAUUCACUGGAGUUGUUCCAAGGCUGGAAGCUGUUGGAUUACUUCAAGUUGGAAGUUUAUGCAACUUUACCAGCUGCAAAUACUUUAUAG